CCAUGACCUGCAAACUAUGAGGGGUGUAGAGUCAAAUCUGAGAGUGAGGAUUUCUGGUUAAAAUACAGUGGGCAUCUUCUUUAAAUUUCUUGAUGAAUCAGUCUGUUCCCAGGGAGCAUCCAUCGAUAUCAUGAUUAUUCUGGAUGACAGAUCCCAGAGCAUCAUGCCUCAGGAGUUUGAGCUUAUCAAAGACUUCCUCCGAUCACUGCUGCACUGCUUCUACCUGGGGCAGGACCAGGUUCGAGUGGGCCUGGUUCCGUAUAGUCAACACAGUGACACGGCGGCGUUCAACCUCAGCACUCCCCUAAACAACAGGGAGAUCCUAAAGCACAUCUGGAAUCUGAGACAGUCAAACAGUUCGACCACAGAGACUGACCCACACCUGGAGAUGAUGAGUGAGCUUCUCAGGGAGGAGAGGGAGGGUGUCAGAGGAGAAUCGGUGACUAAAGUUGGGUUGGUCAUUAUGGGCAGUGAGCUCCAUGAGAAUGUGAGAGCGUCAUUGGAAGAGCUCAAGAAUCAUGGUGUAUCUCUGUAUGCUAUCGGGGGCGCCAAUGCUUCACUGAUGGGUCUGAACAAGAUCACUGGCCGUCGCGAAAAUGUGUUCUAAUCCAGAAAUUCUCAGGCCUGCAGGAGAUCUCUGAACGUAUCAGCCAGGAGAUCUGUAGCUCAGCAGAGGACAGGGGACAACAGGUCAUCCACGUGCCACCACCAGGUAACCUGCCCUCUUGUUAUCUUGUCUUUGUCCACAGUACCCCAAGUCUUUAUUACAACUACUUCCAAUGAAGAACUGAGUGUCAUCAUCAUGUCUCCCAUAAACCCAUGUUGAUUUUGAUUCAAUCACCCUCCUGGUUUUUAGUGAUUUAGCCCAAUCUCUGCCAACAUACAGUAUGUAGUUGUUCUUCUCACAAGUCCAAAGAACAGUAAGGUGACAGACAGCCAGGUCUAUGUGUUUCUGU